AUGUUUCAGAUGUGUAUCACAUAUCUGCAAGACUUUCCCAAGAAACUCAUCACUAGUAAUCCCCUCCUUAAAGCAACUGCUCAAGAGGAAAUUUUUCACUUGGCUGUUAGUAAUAAUUUAUCACAAGUUGUAUAUACUGAUGGAUUUAUACAGGAUUCUACUGGCAGGGCUGUAUCUGGUACUGUUGCCACCUUCCUGGUUAAGAACGGUGUGUUAGGUGUUAGUGGAGGCGUUCGUUGUGACCAGAUGGAUCCAAGUGGUGUGCAGCUGCUGGAAGCUGCGCGCUGGACUGCUCUCAAGAUGACCAACAUGAACAUCAUUCCCGGCCUCACUCUUGGAGUGAGCGCCUACGAUACUUGCGGGGGACCGCAGGCGGUGCUGCGGGCGGCGGUAACGGCUGUGGUGGACGGCGGCUACCUAGACUCCCCCAGGUGCAGGGCGGAGCCUCACGUGGGCGUCCUACACUCACACCCACACCACGCCCACCUAUCUGCCUUUUUGAAGGAUUUAGAUAUUGCCUCCGUCAGCGUGGGAAGUGAAGACCAGGUGCCCCAGCUGGAGGCUCUCAUGCAGCUCCUGGUUAGACUGAACUGGACCUCAGUGGCUGUAGCUGCUCCCUCCAUCCAGGUACUGCAGCAGUUUGGUCACUUGGCAGCACAGUCUAGAGUGUGUGUUGGAGCAGAGGCCAUCCUUCCUCCACCUACCAGUAACAACCUGUAUGAGUCACUGGUGGAGGACCUGGGAAGGAACGGCCCGCGUGGCAUGGUGCUGAUAGGACCUCAAGACCACCUCCAAGCUGCCCUUCUCACUGCCGCCCACAACUACACCAACUUGCACUGGGUCCUGGCACCCACUGGUCCUAUCCAGGAGAGCGUCUUCCAGGGCAUGCAUGGUGUCUCUGGAGCGCUGGUGGUGAGGCGAGACAGUCAAACAGUGCCAGAGUUUGGCGAACACUUCCUGUCGGUGACCGCAUCAGACACUACACUCUACCCGCCCGUCACUCACCACCACUAUACUGAGGAACCUGCAGUGUUCCAGGUGGUGAAGGCGAUGUAUACUAUAGGGUUGGCUGUGCGUCGGGCUGUGGUACACACGUGUGGAGGAACAGGCUGGUGCAAAAACGCCAGUGUGACCUUUACUGCUAUCACCGACGAUAGCCCUGACGUGAUUGAAGCAUUUUCCAUCAAAGCUGAAAGACCACGUUACCAGGUGCUGCGUCUCUCGCCUCUACAUACGAGCAAUCCCAAGAGACUCGUCUUCUCCAAGGUGGGACAGUACUCACUCGGGGUACUGGAGCUGGAAAGCAGCCUGUUGGAAGGUCUCGAGCGUCCUCCACGCUAUGUCUGUAUCUCCUGUCGCUGUCUAAACGUGCGCUUCGCCUUCCUGGCUGAUCUACGAUGGCGCACGGAGGCUUGGGUCACCAUCUGUGCCACAAUGGCUAUUAUCGGCUUCCUCCUCGCCGCCUCCAUCUCCGUUUUUAUUGGGGUUCGUUCGUGUCGUGGAAGCGCACAGGAGGGUUCCCAAGGAUUUUCUUUGCUGCUUCUGAUGUCUUGCGUAUUCUUGUACGCGGCCAUCUUGCCUUACAGCUUCGAGGCGAGCACACUGACCUGCAGCCUCCGUCCCUUCGCUACCAGUCUAGCCUACGCCAUAGUCUUCGCUAUCAUGUUGUCAAGGUCUCUCAUGCUUGCCACUGCUGAUAGUGAAGGGUUGGUGGGUCACGUGAGCGGGGUGAUCCAAACAGCAUUGUUGUUCUUCAUGGUAAGUGUGCAGGCUGGGCUGGGGGUGCAGCAGUGGCUCAUGGCCUCACAGAUCUCCAUGCACUCACUGCCCUCAGGAGGGGCUCUCUACACCUGCUCUCCCCACCGACUACACUUCAUUAUUAGCCAGUCCUACAUCAUGUUCUUGCUGGCGCUGCAGCUCAUCAUAUCUCCCUUCAAUAUUCGCUCUCGGCGCAACUACCAUGAAGGAUUACUCUUCUUUAUCGCCACAUUACUAAUGACUAGUGUAUGGAUAGCUUGGUCCACACUCUAUAUGAUCCUUCCACCUGCCUGGAGUGAAGCUUGUAUAUGCCUGGGUAUGGCCGCUACAUCUACCUGCGUCUUGGUCACAAUCUUCGUUCCCAAGACAUAUCUGAUGGUGCGAGCAGCAGCCCGGGACUCUGUGUGUGCGGCGCCGGUUCACCCCCUUGCGCGCCCACAAUCCACACAUGACCUGGCGCGGUCUUCCUCCCUCGCCCUGUAUGACUCCGUCGGUUAUCUGCCCGAGAUGAUACAGGCCCCGGGCCAUGCCUACGCUCCAGACCCCACCGUACACCACCCAACCCAGAAAGAGAACCCUUACGAGACCUAUUCUCAGUACCAUCCUUCGCCUCACAAAAUCACUCAGUUCUAACUCAGUGGAAAUGCAAAAUGUUAAUUAUGGCAGCAGUUGCAGUUAGUCUCAUUAUUGAAAUGUAUGCCCUUUUCUUUGGCCUUGUUAUUAAUCCCUAUUUUAAAUAGAAAAUUUACCCUUUCUAUUUCGAAUCCAUCGUGAGGAGGGAAGUAGUAUAGAUGUGUCCGUACAUCUGCUGAUCUUUUUCACCUAGCAGUUCUGGGUCGUAUCUUAGUGAAAAAGACCUGUAAACCACAAAUGAAAGAAGCAAUAAUAACAGAUAAAAACAAGGAGUAUAAAGAGUAGUAGUGGUGGUGGUGUUGGUGGUAGUAGUAGUAGUAGUAGUAGUAGUAGUAGUAGUAGUAGUAGUAGUAGUAGUAGUAGUACUAGUAAAGCAAAGAGUGAGAAAGGCUAGGCUUGAUACAGACUUGUCUAUUAUAGGUCAGUAGGUCUCCUGCAGUGCUCCUUUGUUCUUCUUCUUAGGAAGGCAUCACAUGACGGCUGUCUUCAAUAUGGUUAUCAUCCUUCCUAUCAAAGUCUAGAUUAAGAGCGACUGGAAGCAUUUACGGAUAUAUUUCAGUUGUAACAGCAAUUUACCUAAAAAAUUAUUUCAGAAAAUGUUUCAAAACUUCCUGAAUAGUCGAAAUAUGGAAUAAAUUAAUGUUUUAGUACAUAUUAUUUAAACUGCUCUGAAUCCUCGUAAUAUAGAAUAAAUUAAAGUUUUAGCACAUAUUUUUAGAAUUUUUAACAUUUCACAUAUUUUUUAAAAAACCCUAUAAAAGUUAAUAGAUAAUCCAAAAUAUUAGGUAUUUCGAUUCUAAUAUUAUGGAUUUCUAGGAAUAUAAUUUAAUUUUAGUGGUAAGCAGGAAUUAGAAAAUCUUUUGAAAAGUACAAUAAAAUCUAAUGGAUAAGGAAUUUUGUCUUUUUGUCAAUGAAUUUUCAAUCAAAAUAUUUUAAUUUUAGUGGAAAGUAGGAAAAUAUCAAGAAAUUGCAAAUUAUCAUUUGUUACAAUUAAAAGGGUGAAAAUCUUCAUAUUUUAGCUAAAAAAUGAUCAGUCAGAAAAUGUUUCCAAGUACUUAGAAAUGUUGAAAUAUGCUAUAGUAAUAUAGAUUUUUAUGGACGUUACAUAUGAUUUAAAAUAAGGUGAAAUAAAAAAAAUAUAGAAAAUACGGUAAAACGUUAAUUUAUUGCAUAUUAAGAGCGGUUUGAAGCAUCAUCGUAUAUAUUUCAAUAUUUAGGUAAAACUCAUAUAAAUCACAAAAUGCGUUAACAUUAACUUCUUUAAAUAAAACAGUAUGAUUGAGAUUAUUUUUUCACAUAAACUACAACUGUAGCAGCAGUUUCGAUUAAAUGUGCAAUAAUUUCCAUAAUUUACCUAAAAAAACGAAGUACGUCAGAAAAUAAUUUAAAGUACUAAGAAUCUUGGGAAUGUAGAAUAAUUUGAAGUUUUAGCAUAUAUUUUUAUAAUUUUUAAUAUUUAAAAUUUGCUGAAUCAUUAUUUUAUUGCCUAUUUUGAUGAUUAACAGCAGUUUGAAGUAUUUUCAACUAUAUUUAAAUAUUUAGAUGAAACAUGCAUCUAAAUCAUUGUAAAAAGUGUUAAGGUUAACAAUUUGAAAUAAAACAAUGUGAUUUGGCUUAUUUUUUCCAUAAAAAACAACUGUUAAUAGCACUUUCUUUUAUAUGUUUGAUAAUUUACACAAUUUAACUAAAAAAUGAUGCCAUAAAAUUAGUCAAAAUGCUUCUAGUCGUCGAAAUAUGGAAUAAAUUAACAUUUACUGCACAUUUCUUUAUUUGUUUAAUAUUUUAUAUUAUUAUUAUUAUUAUUAUUAUUAUUAUUAUUAUUAUUAUUAUAAUCAAGGGGGAAGCGCUAAACCCGGAGGAUUAUACAGCGCCUGGGGGGGGCAUGUGGAAGGCAUUCAGGCUUAAUUCGGGGAACUGGAGCACAGAUCCAAUUCCCUAAAUCAAGAGCCCCUCACCAACAUCAAGGAACCUUCCUUGAGGGGUUAAUAUUUUAUAUAUUUUCAAAAACUCUUAGAAAAAGUACAAUAUUAUCUAAUUUAUUAUCUAAUUUAGGAUUUCUAGAAAAAAUAUUUUAAUAUAGUGGUAAGCAGGAUAUAGAUCGAAAAACUUUAAAUAAUGAGCAGUUUCGAAAAAAGUGUGAAAAUCUACAUUAUUUAGCUACAAUAUGAAGUCUGCCAGAAAAUGUCACCAAGUAUUCAGAAUCGUCGAAAUGUGCACUAAUAAUAACAACACAAAAUAUUUAAGGGCUUUACAUAUGAUUUUUUUUACAAAAUAUUAAUCGGAUAUAUUUCAAUAUUUAUCUAAAACGUCCAUAUAAAUUAUUGUAAAAAGUGAGGUUAACUAGUUAAUAUUAAUAAUAUAAUUAGUUUUAAUUUUUUCUCCAAAAUCUGAAAAAAAAAAAAUUGUAGCAAUAGUUUGGAAUAAAUGUACCGUAAUUUACGUAAUUGAGCUAAAAUACGAUGUAAUUAAAAGAUUCAAACUGCUCUGAAUCGUCGUAAUACAGAAUAAAUUAAAUUUUGACACAUAUUUUUAGAAUUUAACAUUAUGCGUAUUUUAUUUUUAAUUCUAUAAAAAUUAAUAGAUAAUCUAAAAUAUUAGGUAUUUCGAUUCUUAUAUUAUGGAUUUCUAGGAACAUAUUUUAAUUUUAGUGGUCAGCAGGAAAUAGACAUAUCAUAAAUUAUCAGCAUCGUCGAUUUAAUGUGUAUAAAUUUUUUUUUUAAAUAUAUGGAAAGUAAAAAAAAAAUAUGAAAAAUUUGCUAAAACAUUAUUUUAUUGAAAAAAAUCGACGAUUCAGAGAGGUUUGAAACAUUUUCGGGGAUAUUUCCAUGUUUAUAUAAAACAUUCUUAUAAAAAUUGUAAUUUAAUAAAAAUAUAAAAAAUAA